CUCUCACGUCUUCUUCUUUCUUCUUCUUCUAGUAGCUAGUAGGAGGAGAAAAAAAAAGUCUUUCUUCUCCUUUCCCCCAAAUCGAUCGACGGGCAGAAGAAGAGACUCCAUGGCGAUUUGGUCCUAGCAAGCAAGCAAAGCAAAGCUAGGUCUUCCUCCCGAUUAUUCCCCUUCCUUCCUUCUCGCCCGGCUGCCGCGCAUCCAAUCUGCACGCCGCCGCCGCCGCCGCCGCCGGCCCAACUGCCGCCGAGUUGAGUUCCCACCCAAGAAGGGACCGGAGGAGCAAGCAAGCGCCUUUCGAUCGGAGCAAGAAGCAAGGAAGGAAGGAGAUAGAUGGCGGAAUUGGUCGGGCCGCGCGUGUACAGCUGCUGCCACUGCCGCAACCACGUCUGCCUGCACGACGACAUCAUCUCCAAGGCCUUCCAGGGGAGGAAUGGCCGCGCGUUCCUCUUCUCCCACGCCAUGAACGUCACCACGGGGGCCAAGGAGGACCGGCAGCUCAUGACGGGGCUCCACACCGUCGCCGACAUCCACUGCCGUGACUGCCGCGAGGUGCUCGGGUGGAAGUACGAGAGGGCCUACGAGGAGUCCCAGAAGUACAAGGAAGGCAAGUUCAUAUUCGAAAAGGCCAAGAUUGUGCAGGAGAAUUGGUAGCAAAUGAAACAAAGAUAAGAUUCAACCAACCAUGUGCUCCCAGGAGAAUGCUUCUCUCUUCCAUGCCUUUGUACAUAGCAGCAGUCCGUUUUCUUCUUUUUGAAACUACUACCAGUCUGUUGGUGUUAUUUCCAUGCCAUUUGUUCUUUGAAAUGGUUUUGUGAUUUGUUGUGUGGGGAGACAAACUUAUCUUCAUUUGUGUGGGAACCAUUUUCUCAUUGGUCAUAAAUAAAAUGGAUGGUUUGACAA